CACGUGAUCUAGUUUUUACUCUGUUAAAGCUGAAUUUUCUUGCUUCUGCAGGUCAAUAUACGAUGGCAAACGAAGCCAACCCCUGCCCCUGUGACAUCGGAGAUCGGUCUGACUAUGGAGGGCUCGGCCAGGAGGUCCAAAUUGAGCACAUCAAAGCAUACGUAGUAAAACCCUCCACUGCGUCYGACAAGGCUGUUGUUGUCAUCCAAGACAUCUUUGGAUGGGAGCUUCCCAACACUCGAUACAUGGCUGAUAUGCUGGCUGCCAACGGAUACACGGCCGUUUGCCCGGAUUUCUUUGUCGGGAAGGAGGCGUGGAGUCCAACUAAAGACUGGUCAGGCUUUCAAGAGUGGCUUAAAGACAAGAACCCAACAAACAUUAACAAAGAGGUUGACGCCGUGCUGAAGUAUCUGAAACAGCAGUGUGGAGCCAAACACAUUGGAACAGUGGGGUUUUGUUGGGGAGGUGUGGCCACACACUACCUGUCSUUGCAAUAUCCAGAACUGAAGGCUGGAGUGUCUCUUUACGGAAUAGUCCGCGAAAGAGAGGACCGAUACGAGCUGAAGAGCCCGACGCUGUUCAUCUUCGCAGAGAACGAUUCUGUGAUCCCUCUGGACCAGGUCAGUGCCCUGGAAGCAAACCUGAAGGAGAAAUGCACCGUGGACUUCCAGGUGAAAAUAUUUCCAGGACAGACCCACGGCUUUGUCCACCGCAAGAGGGAGGACAUCAACCCCGACGACAAGCCCCAGAUCCAGGAGGCCAGAACAGACAUGCUUAACUGGCUCAACAAGUACAUAUGAAAUAAAGGGCGAAGCAGUAAAAGUCUGCUAAACGUUGUACUAGUAUAUCAAUUAUACUACAUUAAUCAAAGGAUGCCUUUUGRAAAGUUGUAUUGUUGAUUGACAUUCCAGUUUUGUUUGAAGAAAACAACGUAUUUUUAACAUAAAUUAUGUUUUAGCUGUAAAAUUAAAUGAAGUGAAAGACAUUUUCUUCAGGCCAUAGUUGAUUAAAUGUGGCAGCCGUUUUCAAAUGAUUAACUUAAAGACAAUUGGUGUCUAAACAUCUGAUGUGAUUAAAAAAUGAUUAAAUUAGGAACUGAAUACAAUAAAACGRAAGAUUUUUGAAACUUCA